CCGCCCCACUGACGAUGACGUCACCGUGGCUGUCCUCUGCAAAGGACUGCAGAAGUGUUCACUUCACAGCCGCCAGUGCGCAUCUCGGAACUCAACGACUUCCAGCUGACUGCAACAAACACUUUUGGACUCACAGGGGGACACCGUACCAACAUGGGUUGCUUCGAGUGCUGCAUCAAAUGUCUAGGUGGCGUGCCGUACGCCUCGCUGGUGGCCACCAUCCUGUGCUUCUGCGGCGUGGCCCUCUUCUGCGGCUGUGGCCACGUGGCCCUCACGGGCACCGUCACCAUCCUGGAGAGUCACUUCUCCACGGUGGCCAGCGAUCACGCCAUGCUGACUGACGUAAUCCAGCUGAUGCAGUAUGUCAUCUACGGCAUCGCCUCUUUCUUCUUCCUGUACGGCAUCAUCCUGCUGGCGGAGGGCUUCUACACCACCAGCGCUGUCAAGGAGCUGCACAGCGAGUUCAAGACCACCAUCUGUGGACGCUGCAUCAGCGGAAUGUUUGUGUUCCUGACCUACAUUCUGGGCGUGGCCUGGCUGGGCGUGUUCGGCUUCUCGGCCGUGCCGGUCUUCCUCUUCUACAACAUGUGGUCCACCUGUGCCGCCAUGAAGUUGCCCACGGCCAACCUCACCGACGUAGAUUCCAUCUGCGUGGACGUGCGUCAGUAUGGAAUCAUUCCAUGGAAUGCCACGCCAGGGAAGGCCUGCGGAUCAACGCUAGGCGACAUCUGCAACACCAACGAGUUUUACCUGUCAUAUCACUUGUACAUCGUAGCCUGCGCUGGAGCCGGAGCCACCGUGAUCGCUCUGCUGAUCUACAUGAUGGCUACCACUUAUAACUUUGCCGUUUUGAAGUUUAAGAGUCGAGAAGACUGCUGCACUAAGUUUUAAAGCUUGUUUUUUUUUUUUUUUUUUUUUUUAACAGCACUGCGCAGCGUCAGCAUCCCACACACCCAGAUACACACACACACACACACAUACAGACACACGCACACAGACAGAAAUACAGACCACAAAAUGAACUAAAAAUGCAGAAAAUAGACAGACUCUCUCCUAGAAUCAAGCUGACUUUAGACUUUGCUUUCCAGGGAGGACGCCUAAUGACACUUGUCUGUUUAGAUGACUAGUUUGUCCCACUUUCCCUGGCACUCACUUGUAGAAUACGUCACCAGAUAUACACGCCGAAGACCGCACCAGUGUUAUUUAUAUUCCUCAGUUCACAGAUAAAACGCACACAUUUAGCUGUCACUAUUCAUCCCAUACAGUCACAGUCAUUUUAAUGGUGGACUGAUAGGAGUUCAAGGUUUUUAGGUUUUACAUUUACAUAUUAGAGAUGAUUAAUUUGAGCAAAACGGAGCCUUAAAGUUGUUCUUUCUUUCUUUUUAUCAGCUCAUUCGUGAUCAUGCUGAUGAGUGUCAUGUGACCACUUGUGUCUUGUCUGUAUAGUUCAGUGAGCGCACCAUGAAAGGCUCACAUCGCAUUACAAGUCAUGCUUUUGUUGUUUCAUCAUGUAAGAGUGUUUGGGCCACACCGAAGAGCAAAAUUGCCCGCCAGACAAAGAAUAAAGUCUUAAUGUUAUGACAAAAAAAUGUUGAACUCGUACAAGAAAAAGUGCAAAUUUUCUGAGAGAAAAGCCCUAAUCUUGCAAAAGUCACACUGAAUUUUAUACAAAUGCAAAACAAAGUAUUCUCUUAUGACAAUAAAGUUAAAAUAUUCCUUCGAAAAAUGUUGGAUUUUUUUUUUUUGAAGAAAAUCGUCAUCAUAGGUGUUCAAUUUGAAUGAAGUCGCAAUUUAAUAAGCAAAAAUAGAUUUGAGAAAAAAAAUCUCGAUCCUAACAGAGAAAAUCUGAUGGGGAACAACAAAGUUGUAACCUUAUAAGAACAAAUACCAUUUUUACAAAAAAGUCCUAAAGUUGCAAUAUUAUGACAAAAAAAAACAAAAACGUGUACAGUUGUGAAAUGUAUCAUCUUACAAGAAUAGUUGAAAUAAAUCCCAUGAAAAACAAUCUAUUUUUCUAAGAAAAUCAUAAUGUUAAGUGGUCAGUUUGAAUAAAGUUGCAACUUUAUAAGCCCAAAAAAAUGUUAUUUCUUGAGGGGGAAAAAAAAAUCGCAAUCCUAACAGAAAAAAUCUGAUUUAACAAAAGCAAGCUACAUUUUUACGAAAAGUCGUAAUCUUCCCAGAUUAAAGUUCCAAUAUUACGAGAGCAGACGUGUACAUUUACAAGAAAUAAAUUGUAAAAUUGAUGCAAAAAAAAAAAAAAACAUCUUCAUAGAAAAGUCCUAUUUUUCAGGGGGAAAAAUUCUUUUACAACAAUAAACUUGUUUGAUUACAAGAAAAACUUACAAAGAAUUGUAUUUGCCGCAAAAAAAAAAACAAUUUCAAGAGAAAAAGUGAGAAAAAGUCAGAUUACUCAGAGAAAAAAGUUUUAGAAUUAAGUUUUAAUAUGAUGAGGGUAAAAAAAAAAAAAAACGGGUAAAAAAAAAAAAGUAUGUAAAAAUUUCUCAAGAAAGAAUUCGGAAUAUGAGAAAAUACUCAUCUUACAUGAGUCAUUUUUUCAGGAAAAAAGUCGAGGAAGUAAAUUAUAGUUUUCCAGGGCGAGAUUAAAAAAAAAUAAAACAAAAACAGUCACAAUCUUCCAGCAUCCUAAAAAUUCCUCUUCUUAAAAGGAAAACUGCACUUUUGGAAUUUUGCCCAUCAGCCACAAUCCUUAUGUGAAACAUGAACACGUAUUUCUUUCCCUUUUCUGUGCGUUCUCACGAGAGAAAGCGAGUUAGCGUGAGCCAGCUAACAAUGCAUGUGUUGGGAGAUACCAAUUUUGACUAUGAAGCCCUCUGGAAAAAAAAAAAACACCAAACAAGGUUUUAUUGUUUUUAUAUACAUGCUGUGAUCAAGCAUCAACAAGUACGAUGAUGAUAACGUGUAAUACUUGCAGUAUCUUUCUGUACUUCCGUCAACAACAGCGACGACACUUACACAAAAUAGGCACCUCCCAUGACGUGCAUUGUUAGCUGGCUCACACUAACUCGUUUUCUCUUGCUAGAACGCACAGAAAAGGGAACGAAAUAUGUGUUUGUGUUUCACAUAAGGAUUGUGGAUGAAAUUCCAAAAAACGUGCAGUUUUCCUUUAACACAACUAUAUGUUUAUGAACGUUAUAUCACGACUAUUCUCAUACGUUUUUCUAAAAAAAAAAAAAAUCUAUAAUUGUAUUAUUGUAA